UAAAUGAUUCAUUCAAUACUUUACCUCAGACCCGAGUAGACGUCUCUACAUUUUGGCGACGAGGAUAAAAGUAGAAAAGGCUUACAUCAAUUCGAACGCUUCCUGGAAAAUUCUAUUCCGAUUUAUGAAGAUGGCGUGGCCUAUGUUUGUCUACUGUUGACGUAAGACCCGGUGAUUGUUAGGAAAAGUAAUAAGUUCGCGGAAACCAUAACAACGGUAUGAAGUACGCAGAGAGAGAGAAAAAUAAAACGAUCAUGUGUAACCCAACGUAUCGGGAUGCAGUACGCAGAAACAGUGUUAAUAUCUGUCGAGUGCAGAAUUUGCUGUGUGGACAAGAGUACGCAGGAAAAUAUGAUAUUUCAUAGCGGAAUCCAACAUUGAAAGAUUUAAAAUCCAAGGUAAUGCGGAACCCAUACGUUUGGGAUGAAGUACGCAGAAUGAUACGUUUUGAGCUGAAUGUACUUCAUAUACGUCUUUAUGUACACAUGCGAAAAAAAAACAUUCGUAGAAUUCUUCAAAUAUAUCAUAUUUUAGGUCAACCAUCUGAUUCCGCCGUUCCUCGAGGAAGCUGAGGGACCAGUCUCUGCACGUUGGGAAAAAUGGCGUGAACAGUUUGAGGCUUAUCUGGCAUGGAAAGAUGUGGACGAUCAAGAAGCGAAAUUCAAAACCCUUCUGAUGUUCGGUGGACCCGAUAUCCGAAAUGUAGUGAAACAAGUUGAAGUCGAUGAAAAACACGCUGUGGACAACCGUUAUCACGUUGCGAUGUCAAUCCUGGAUGACUAUUUCAUACCAAAACUAUUAAAAACGUAUGAGCGCCAGAAAUUUCGCGAAAUGAAACCAACAGCCGGUGAAAAGUUUGACACGUUUGUCAACCGUCUGAAACGACAAGCAGCCUUCUGCGACUAUGGAGACCAACUAGAAAGCAUGGUGGUGGAUCAAAUAAUAACCACCACGGCGGACAAGAACCUGAAGCGUAAAUGUCUGGAGAAGGAUUACAAAUUCGAGGAGAUUGUUAAAAUUGGUCGCACCCACGAGUCAGUUCAAAUGCAGAUGAGUGAAUUGGAUAACCGGAAUGAAGCUGGUACUCUACAAGCAAUCAGUAUUACUGAGCCAGAGAAGAAUGAAGAUAUGGUUUUAAAGUUACGCUCUCGACCCGGUGGACCUCGGCGUUUCAGAUGUUUUCGAUGCAAUGGAAGACACGAUCCGAAAAGUUCAUCGUGCCCGGCCAGAGAACUGGAAUGCAGAAGCUGUGGGCAACGAGGGCAUUUCUCUCGAUGUUGCUUCCUGAAACGAAGAAAGCCAGUCAAACAACUAGCACAACCACCCCAUUUCGAAGCUCAUCAGAAAGCCAAGAGAUUCGUACGAGAAGUAUCUAGCGGCAGCGGAAACAUAACACAAGAUGUGGUGGAUCUUUUUCACCUCGGCACUAAGGGAAACCAAAUAUCAGUAUCAGUCGGAGGAGUCUGGGUUCAAUUUGUGAUCGACACUGGAGCAGAUGAGGAUGUCUUGAGCGAAACGGACUGGAUCAAGAUAAAACAAACUGGAUUUGACGCAUACUCUAUUCGAAGAGGAAGCACAAAAGUAUUCAAAGCAUAUGGCUCGAACACACCGUUGAAGAUCCUAGGCGAAGUUGACUCGACUGUUGCGGUUGACGGGAAAACCAUCGAUACUACGUUAUACGUAAUCCAGAGCGGCAAAUGUUCACUUCUCUCGGGUGAUACAGCAAUAAAACUUGGAUUGAUCAAAUUUUUGCGGACAGUUGACAAAGAAACAUUUCCACAUAUUACAGUAAUAAAACCCCAGAUUAAUCCACUCAGCAGUGAUGCAGCCGUUCUGGUUUAUUGUGGAAGAGCACCCACGAUUAUGGAGAAGUCUAAGAAAAAUAAUGUUAAGAGACACUGA